UUUUUUUUUUUUCUUUUUCGCAUAUACACAUUCAUAUAUAUCUAAUCUAUUCAACAUGCCUAUUCUUGAAGUCACCUCUCAAAAGUCCCCCAAAGAUUUAUCUGCCUUUAUCAAACGAUUAUCUGCCGUGUUCGCUGAACAUAUUGGAAAACCUGAAGCUGUAUGUUUGGUGACCUUCACCAAGGCCGAUGAUGUUUGUUUUGCUGGAAGCAAUAAUCCUGCUUAUCUUGUCCGUGUCGGUGGUAUUGAUGUUAUUAGUGAAGAACGCAACACAAAUGUCACCAAGGCUGUCACUCACAUUCUUGACGAAGAACUUGGUAUUCCCAACGACCGUGGGUUUGUCUUGUUUAACGAAUAUCCUUCUGCCAACAUUGGUUUCAAAGAUACUACUUUCCGUUCUAUUCUUAAGAAAUAAAUAAAAGAUUUAUAUCCUAUUGUCUUCAAAUGUCAUCAUGUCCUUAUUUUUGAUUUUAUCCAUUGUUGUUUGGUGUAUUUUUUUUUACGGUUAUUAGUCAUAGUAUGUUCCCCAAAUGUUUCUAUUUUUAUUUUUCUUGCUGACUCAUGAUAUGACCUCAAUGUAUCAUUUUUAUUUAAUAUUAAAACUUUAAAAAACUAAGAUCCCUUUUAAGGUCUCAAACAUUUU